AUGGGUGCUGUAGAGAAAGGAUCCGAGAAACAUUCGAUUGAUAUUGAAAUUGACAACGAUUCAGCUGAUACUUCUUGGUUCACCCCUUGGAGGUUGCUUGGAUUAUUCUGUGUGAUCAACUUGAUAACUUAUUUGGAUCGAGGAGUAAUUGCGAGUACUGGUGUAAACGGGGUUCCAGAAACUUGCAAACCUUCUGGAGAAUGUUCAAGUGGUACUGGACUUCAGGGUGAGUUUCACUUAACCAAUGGUGAAGAUGGUGUUCUAUCUUCUGCUUUCAUGGUUGGACUUCUUAUAGCAUCUCCAAUAUUUGCAUCCAUGGCCAAGAGCAUGAAUCCCUUUAGGCUAGUUGCAGUUGGUUUGUUAAUUUGGACUUUUGCUGCAAUUGGUUGUGGAAUUUCAGUUGGUUUUUGGUCAAUUACAGUUUGUCGAAUGUUAGUUGGUGUUGGUGAAGCUUCUUUUAUAAGUCUUGCAGCUCCAUUCAUUGAUGAAAAUGCUCCACCAAAACAGAGAUCAGCAUGGCUAGGAAUAUUUUACAUGUGUAUACCAACAGGAAUUGCACUUGGUUAUGUUUAUGGUGGACUGGUUGGAGGUAGUUAUGGUUGGCGAUACGCGUUUUUAAGUGAAGCAGUUAUGAUGGUGCCAUUUGUUAUUUUGGGUUUUGUAAUGAAACCUUUGCAUCUCAAAGGUAUUACGAAUGCUAAAAAUGCCGCAGGAUCUUCAAAAGACAAGUUAGGGGCUGAUGCUCAAACUACUAGCAUUGUCCAAGAUAUUAAAGAGCUUAUGAAUGAGAAAAUAUAUAUAGUAAAUGUUUUAGGUUAUAUUGCGUACAAUUUUGUGAUUGGUGCUUAUUCAUAUUGGGGACCAAAGGCUGGCUAUAGCAUAUAUCAUAUGAGCAAUGCUGACAUGAUGUUUGGAGGAAUCACGAUUGUGGGUGGAAUUGUGGGGACAUUAACGGGAGGUUUUGUCCUUGAUAAACUUGAUUCCACAAUCCCUAAUGCUUUUAAGCUUCUUUCAACAGUAACGUUUUUCGGGGCAAUAUUUUGCUUUAGUGCCUUUUGUUUCAAGAACAUGUACGUCUUCAUGGUUUUCUUUCUUAUUGGAGAAAUGCUCAUUUUUGCCACUCAGGGUCCUGUAAACUUUGUUUCUAUUCAUGCUGUUAAACCAAGCUUAAGACCAUUGGCUAUGGCUGCAUCUACUGUAUCAAUUCAUAUCUUUGGCGAUGUGCCUUCCUCUCCACUUGUUGGAGUUAUGCAGGACCAUAUUGGAAACUGGAGAACAUCCACAUUAAUCUUGACAACCGUAUUGUUUUUAGCAGCUGGAAUAUGGUGUAUAGGUAUUUUUAUUCCAUUUGUUGAUAAAGAUGAUGAAGAUAUUGAAAAUCCAAAAAAGUCAAACAAGACAAAUCCAUUCGAUGAUUAGACGACCUAAACGAAUGUUGAUUUUUUAAAAUAAUUUCCAUCAUAAUGCCACAUCAUCGAUUUUGACCAGUCAACAUUUUUCCAAGGCGAAAUAACCGAAUCCGGAUCAUAAUUUUCAAGUCGAGCAAUUUUGAAGGGGAAAAAAAAGGUGCCAAAUAAGACAUCGAGAGUUCUUAAGUUGUCAUGUAUGAAAUAUGCAAAAGUAGUUCUUGAAUUUCAUUUCAUACCAAAUGAAAUCUUUGAUUUAUGAAAAAAUUUUGCUUAAAAUGUCUCAUUCUAACUUGAAAAUCUUUAGAAAUUUUGCAUUUAAUACUACACAAGCGAAAGCUCCCCAGCUGGAGUUGAUCUUUUGACUAGGUUAGCCCAUGACUCAUUUGUCUCCGUGAUCACUUUCAGUGCGUAUGCCUUAUUAGCUGCUUUGUUGCCAAGACCAAAGUUGUUGGCAGGCUUCCCAUCAGGAAUCUUGUAGUCUCUAAACCAAUCUCUAAUUGCAGU